AUGAUGCAAAAGAAAUUCCUCAGCCUUAUUGUGGCCGCACUUCCUGGUGCUGCUCGCUUUCAACACCCUAUCCCCGUACCCGACGAAGUUGCAGCACAAUCCGCCUCCGUAACGGCAACGCACACGAUAAACCUCAGUGCCUCUCGUCCUUCAGAUGCCUCCGCAGUCCCCGCCGACUUCGUCUCAGUGGGCUUCGAGUCCGCCUUCCUCCCCAGCUAUGCCAACGAUUUCUCCGCCAACCUCGUCGCCUCUCUGCAAAAGCGCAUGGGUGUUCCAAUCGUCAUUCGCGUCGGGGGCACAAGCGGUGAUCGACUUUCCAUCAACCCAAACCAGACCGAGGACACCAAGUGCGUCGGCAGUAACCAAUGCCCUGAUGGCUCCGCCGCGACGUUCAUUCUCGGGCCCGGGUAUUUUGACGGGUUCAAGAAGUUCUCGGGCGCGAAGUUCUCGAUUCAAGCCCCUAUUGAUGAUAAGAGUUUGGCGGUUAAUGCGACUAAUGUGAGGCUGUAUGUGAAUGGUGUGGAGAAGGCAGUGGGGAAGGAAAGGAUUGGUACCAUCCAGGUUGGAAACGAGGUGCAGCUCUAUGAGCCAAACGCGAAAGCGUAUGUGAAGGAUGUGAAGGAGGCUAUCAGGGAUGUGGUGAAGGAUUUGGGUCUCGGUGAUGCGGAUAGGAGAUUUCAGGUUCUAGAUACCGCGAGCGGUGUGGUAAAAGGAGGAAAUCAGUUUGGCGUAAAGGGUAUCUUUACUGCGGGACUCCAAGACGUAAAAGGCCGCAUCAAAUACGUCGGCGAGCACUACUACCAAGUCUCCGGCAACAUGCCCACCGGCACCAUCCAAUCCUCCCUCCUCAACCACAACGCCAUAACCACGCGCUUCAAAUCCUACACCCCCUCCAUCACCUACCUACGCAACAACUUCCCGGCCAUAUCCUACGUGUUCUCCGAAACCGGCAGCGCGCUAAAGGGCUCCACAAAGUUCCAGUCCUACUUCGGCGCCGCGCUCUGGUCCGUCGACUUCCAGCUGUACGCCAUGAGCAAGAACGUAAGCCGCGUGAGCGGCACGCAGCGCCCUGUCGCGAAACACAGUCUUUGGAUACCGCGGGCUAGGCUAAGUGAGCCGGGGCCGCAGGUUCGCGCGCCGUUUUAUGCGCAGCCGUUCGUUGCGGGUUUUAUUGGCAAAAGCGCCGCGGGGAAGAGGGGCGUGGUUAAUAUUGAUCUGAGGACGCCGUUUGUGAGCGCGUAUGCGAUGUUUGAAGGCGAGGUGGUUAAGAGAGUCGCGAUUAUUGGGCUGAGAGAGUAUACUGGGUCUGGGCAGCGUAAUGCCGUACAGGUGAAGCUGAAGGGUUUGAGCGAUUCGGUGCGGAGUGCGAGGAUUGGGAGAUUGCAUGCGAAUGCUGGGACGGACGCUGGUGGGUUUGAUGUUAAUGGGAAGAAUAUCACGUGGCAGGGGCAGCAGUGGUCGUAUAAGGUGGACCAGGGGAAGGGGCAUGGGGAGAUGACACGGGGGUCGGUUAAUGUGACGGAGGGUGAGUUGACUGUGAGGCUGCCGGAUAGUGAGGCGGUUAUUGUAUAUUUAAAUGAUUGA